UGGAGUCACACCCAGUACACACACACACACACACACUCGUGUCUCCAUCAGCGCUGCGCCAGAGGCGCGUUCACUGCAGCUCUGUGUAGCGCGCACGCAAAAGAGACGCGCUGCUGCGGCUCGGAACAUCUUCACCGGCGUGAUUCAUGAUCAAGUGUUCAGGAGAAGCACUGUCGUCAUGGCCUCGAUCUCGAAGUGGUACGCGGGGAAGAACGUGCUGAUCACCGGAGCCACGGGCUUCAUGGGGAAGGUGCUGAUGGAGAAGCUGCUGCGCUCCUGUCCGGACGUCAAGGCCCUCUACAUCCUCGUCCGGCCCAAAGCGGGUCAGUCCAUGUCCGAGCGCGUCCGGGACAUGAUGAAGUGUAAGCUGUUCGACCGCGUGCGUGAAGAUAAUCCAGACUUUCAUCAGAAGAUCAUCCCCAUCGGCAGCGAGCUCACGCAGCCCGGCCUGGCCAUCAGUCCAGAGGAUGUACAAACACUCACUUCCUGUAUCAACAUCGUCUUCCACUGCGCCGCCACCAUCCGCUUCGACGAGCCCCUGAAGUGAGUCACACCACAUUUAAUGAACAUAUCAUCAGAGGGGUUUCCUGAGCGGUAAA